AUGUCGUUGAAUAGCGUUCGCGCGCUUUUCGAAAUGGGAGUAGACUCCACGAAUCGAGUCAAUAAGCCAGGAACGUCAUGUCUAGGUUGCAGAAGACGCAAGCUCAAAUGUACUCGCGAGGAAGAAGGCUGUCACAAUUGCACCAAAGCAGAUCUACCUUGCGUAUACCCAACGCCAGAAGUGGGCGUGAAGCGCAAACGAGGACCAUACAAGAAAGACAAACCUGCUCGACAGCGACAUCUCGAAGAUCUUGUCAAGUAUCUGGAGCCCAAGAACGAUACAAAUGAAGCAGACGAUGCGGCAAGUCCUAGUCAGCAGUCGUCCUCCGAUCCUCAGCAAAGCGCUUCGGGGCCCAUCACGAAUUCCAAUACUACCCGCGCAUCAGCGCAUAGUAUUCACUCCGAAGAACUUGUCAAGGACGCAUUGAUAGCAUUGACGCGAUCUUCAGUAUCAGAUCAUGAUGCUCGCCAGGACAACAGCUCUUUCUUCACGCAAAGUCAUGCUGUCGCUAGUGCGGCAUCUUCUGCCAGCGACCAUCCUUCUGUGCGACGUAUCUUCGAGUAUUGGAGCAUAUAUGAGACUCGGGUUGAUCCCAUGACCAAGGUCAUACACUGUCCGACUUUCGCGAGGAAGUUGUUUGGCACCAUUGAUAAGCUUGAUGCCGUUUCGUCCACCAUGGACGCCCUGCUAUUCAGCAUGUACUAUGCCGCUGUGAGCACUUGCACCGCACGCGAAACUCGAAGGCGUUUCGGAGAGAACCAGGAUCUUCUACUCAAACGUUAUGGUCAGCGUAUUGAGUCAGCACUGAGCAACAACUACGAUGUGCCGACAAUAGAGCAGUUGCAAGCACUUGUCUUAUACAUCAUCUGUAUUCGACGAUCAGACAAUACCACCAAUAUCAAAGCUCUGUUCACGCUAGCGGUACGCUCAGCACAGCUUAUGGGUAUGAACGCAGAUCCUGAAGGGAGGUUACCGCCAUACGAAACAGAGCUGCGUCGUCGGCUUUGGUAUCAUCUAUGUGGUCUCGAAAGUCGCACCGCAGAGGAAAGCGGCACACGAUCAGCAACUCUGAUGUCGGAUCACGACGUGCACAUACCAUCCAGUUUAAAUGACCGCGACCUGGAUCCGCGUAUAACAGACCCACUGCGGCCGAGGGUGGGCGUCACUGAGAUGACAUUUCCGCUGCUGAGAUUCGAGGUACAUCGACUUAUCUUCGGACUUGUGAUGAUACGUCGGCAGCAGAGCGCAAAGCAAGUCAGCACUGAGAGCAUCCAGCAAAGCCAGUUUGAGCUCCUCGAGCACGCAAAGUCAAGGCUUGAGAACCAAUACAUCGCCUAUUUACACCCAUCACGACCGUACGACUGGAUGUGCUUACAGUUCAUCCAAGGCAUGCUAGUCAAAGCUCAGCUCAUGAUUGACUUCCCCUUUGGCUCAGUUCCUACUAAAGACAUGCCAGAAGGACAGCGGAUGAAAUUGCUGCGAGCUUCGGUCGGGGUCAUACAGACCACACAUGUACUAGCAAUUGACGAGCGCAUAAGCGACUGGGUGUGGUACUUCCGAGGCUACGUCCAGUGGCACUCCUUGGCCAUAGUAGUGGCAGAACUAGGAUGCAGCAGCAACAUCGAGUUUACCGACAUGGCCUGGCAGGUGCUGGACCCGGUACUUUCCGAUUGGGAUGCCAUAUACAAGACGAAGAAAGAUGAGCCAGCUUGGGAGCACGUCAAUACCAUGGUCCAACGCGCGCGUCGUGUUCGACAGCGAAGACACACUCAUCCAAGCAAGGCCAAACGACCACGCCAGGGUGAACCAGGUAGACGAUUGCAAGAGCAGCCAACGGAAUUACCGAUCCAUCGCUCUGUAAAGAUGGAAGCGCUCCAAACACCUGGUUAUACGACCUACAGCACGAUUCCCGUCGAUCGAAACAACGCAAUAGAACCUCACCAUUCACACAUACAGCAAUUUGACCAGCACAGUACGCCAGACAAUCAGCCUCCCGGUCCUCUUACUGGCCAUGGAGGUAUGGUGGACUUCAAUAUCGACUUCGAUACUCUUGAUGCUUUUAACGAAAUCGACUUCAGCGCUUUCGAUCAGGUCUUCAACAGCGAGAGCUGGGAAAUGCUCAGCCCAUUGCCGCAACUUGAUAUGCCGCUAUAUACUGGUGUUCAAAUCCACGAGUGA